ACUCUGUAGUCCCACCCACGUGGUUUGGAGAGUUCUAGAAGUGACAGCGUGAAAAGCGGUCUUUAUUGAUUUGCUUCUUUUGGACGCAGAAGUCAUUCUUAUUCCCAGUCUAAGCGGCCGACUGAAUCUACUGCAUCAUGCUGAACGCUAGCAAAACAGCAGCUCGGCUUCUCUCUUACGCUGCACGAAGCGAUGGUCGCAGCAGGUUUUCCUGUGUUGGAAAGGGUCAGUACAGUGGUGUUCGUCAGAUUCUUGGAACAAUGUCUAAACGUGACUAUGCCUCUGAAGCAAUUAAAGGAGCAGUUAUUGGUAUUGAUCUGGGAACAACAAACUCUUGUGUUGCUGUUAUGGAAGGAAAACAAGCAAAGGUUCUUGAAAACGCUGAAGGUGCUAGAACCACUCCUUCAGUUGUAGCCUUUUCAGCUGAUGGUGAACGAUUAGUGGGGAUGCCAGCUAAACGCCAAGCUGUUACUAAUCCCAACAAUACGUUUUAUGCAACAAAACGUCUUAUCGGCAGGCGAUAUGAUGAUUCUGAAGUUCAAAAAGAUACUAAAAACGUUCCUUUCAAAAUCGUGCGUGCCUCAAAUGGAGAUGCAUGGUUGGAAGCCCAUGGAAAACUAUAUUCUCCAAGUCAAAUUGGAGCAUUUGUAUUGAUAAAAAUGAAAGAGACAGCAGAAAGCUAUUUGGGACAUUCAGUCAAGAACGCAGUUAUUACUGUACCUGCUUACUUCAAUGACUCACAGAGACAGGCGACAAAAGAUGCUGGACAGAUUUCUGGUCUUAAUGUUCUGCGAGUGAUCAAUGAACCUACUGCUGCAGCUCUUGCAUAUGGUCUAGAUAAAUCUGAUGAUAAAGUUAUUGCUGUUUACGACCUUGGUGGUGGAACAUUUGACAUUUCGAUCUUGGAAAUUCAAAAAGGUGUUUUUGAAGUAAAAUCCACAAAUGGAGACACUUUUCUAGGUGGUGAAGACUUUGACCAGGCAUUACUACAGCACAUUGUGAAACAAUUUAAAAGAGAGACUGGGGUAGACCUGACUAAAGACAAUAUGGCUCUUCAGCGCGUCAGAGAAGCAGCUGAAAAAGCAAAAUGUGAAUUGUCGUCAUCUGUGCAGACUGAUAUCAAUCUGCCAUACCUGACCAUGGAUGCAUCAGGACCAAAGCAUUUAAACAUGAAAUUAACUCGUUCCCAGUUUGAGGGAAUUGUGUCUGAUUUAAUCAAAAGAACAAUUUCACCUAGCCAGAAAGCUAUGCAAGAUGCAGAAGUGAGCAAGAGUGAUAUUGGAGAAGUUCUCCUUGUUGGUGGAAUGACUCGAAUGCCAAAGGUUCAACAAACUGUCCAAGACUUAUUUGGUCGUGCACCAAGCAAAGCUGUAAACCCUGAUGAAGCUGUUGCCAUUGGAGCGGCUAUUCAAGGUGGUGUGUUAGCAGGUGAUGUUACAGACGUCUUGUUGUUGGAUGUCACCCCAUUGUCUCUUGGCAUUGAAACAUUAGGGGGUGUCUUCACAAAGCUGAUCGGCAGAAACACAACUAUACCAACUAAAAAAAGCCAGGUCUUCUCCACUGCUGCUGAUGGACAGACUCAAGUGGAGAUCAAAGUAUGCCAGGGGGAGAGAGAAAUGGCUAGUGACAACAAACUUCUUGGACAGUUUACACUGGUUGGCCUCCCUCCAGCACCCCGUGGUGUACCUCAGAUUGAAGUUACAUUUGAUAUUGAUGCUAAUGGAAUAGUUCACGUUUCUGCAAAAGACAAAGGAACAGGCCGGGAGCAACAAAUUGUCAUACAGUCUUCUGGUGGUCUGAGUAAAGAUGACAUAGAGAAUAUGGUGAAGAAUGCAGAAAAAUAUGCAGAGGAAGACCGAAGGAGAAAGGAACGCGUUGAAGCUGUAAACAAUGCAGAAGGAAUUAUUCAUGACACAGAGUCGAAGAUGGAAGAAUAUAAGGAUCAGCUACCUGCUGAUGAGUGCAAUAAGCUGAAGGAAGAAAUCACCAAAGUAAAAGAACUCUUGGCUCGUAAAGACACAGAAACAGGAGAGAGCAUCAGACAAGCAUCUUCAAAUCUCCAGCAAGCUUCUCUAAAACUCUUUGAAAUGGCAUAUAAAAAGAUGGCGUCUGACAGAGAAAGCUCUGGAAGUGGAGAACAAAAGCAAGAUCAGAAAGAAGACAAGCAAUAAUAAUAAUAAAAAAAAAUAUUUAACAUAUUGUAAAAGAUGCUUGGGAGCACAAGUCUAUACUAUUGCCCUGAGUAAAAUAGGCAAUGGCGAUAUUAUACUGUGUUUUGGCAGUACUCUAUGUAAUUUCUGUGUUUGAUUUAGCAGUACACACACUCUUCCAUUAUUGUUGGAUGUUUGGAAAGGUUUUUUGUCCUCUGUAAAAAUUGUUUGCUUAUAUUUUUUACUUUCUGAAUGAAUCGUAUUCGUAAGCAUUUUGCAUUGCAUAAAGGAGAUGUGAUAAUUCCCAAAACGCUAAAUUCUGAUACACUGUUUUUAUUGUCAAACAUUAAUGGUCUAAUGGCAAGUACUUGUGUACCUGUUAUACAAAUAAACCCAUACCCAACA